AUGAGCAAACCUGCAAACUCAACAAGUGGCUGUUUGGAUAUUUUGAAUGUCAAAUCUAGUCGCAUCCUGGACAUCCCGUGCAAAGUGUGCGGGGACCGCAGCUCGGGGAAGCACUACGGGGUGUACGCCUGCGACGGCUGCUCGGGCUUCUUCAAGAGGAGCAUCCGGAGGAACCGGACCUACGUCUGUAAAUCUGGCUCUCAGGGAGGAUGUCCGGUUGACAAGACGCACAGAAACCAAUGUCGAGCGUGCCGCUUGAAAAAGUGUCUGGAAGUAAACAUGAAUAAAGACGCCGUUCAGCACGAGAGGGGCCCCCGGACCUCCACCAUCCGCAAACAGGUGGCCCUAUACUUCCGGGGCCAUAAAGAGGUAAACGGGUCCUCGACCCAUUUCACUGCCUCCUCCAUGCCGGGACCGCCGUUCUUCACCACCGUCACGCAACUGGAGCCUCAUAAUUUGGAGAUGAGCACCGUGGCCUCGACGCCGGAGCGGCAGGCCAUCGUCGGGCUGGCCCAACCGACCCCGAAGUACCCCCACGAGGUCAGCGGCGCGCCCCUCUACCUCUACGAGGUCGCCACGGAGUCCGUGUGCGAGUCGGCGGCGCGCCUCCUGUUCAUGAGCAUCAAGUGGGCCAAGAGCGUACCCGCCUUCUCCACGCUGCCGCUGUCCGACCAGCUGAUCCUGCUGGAGGACGCCUGGAGGGAGCUCUUCGUCCUGGGCAUCGCGCAGUGGGCCAUCCCCGUGGACUCCAACACGCUGCUGGCGGUGUCUGGAAUGAACCCGGACAACACAGAAUCUCAGCGGCUGAACAAGAUCAUUGCGGAGAUCCAAGCCCUGCAGGAGGUCGUGACGCGGUUCCGCCAGAUGCGCCUCGACGCCACCGAGUUCGCCUGUCUGAAGUGCAUCGUGACUUUUAAAGCUGUUCCCACUAACGGCAGCACGGAGUUAAGGAGUUUCCACAAUGCCAGUGCCAUCGCUGCCCUCCAAGACGAGGCGCAGCUCACGCUCAACAGCUACAUCCAUACCAGGUACCCCACUCAGCCCUGCCGCUUCGGGAAGCUGCUGCUGUUGCUGCCCGCGCUGCGCUCCGUCAGCUCCUCCACCAUAGAGGAGGUGUUCUUCAAGAAGACCAUUGGCAACGUGCCCAUCACGAGGCUGCUCUCCGACAUGUACAAGUCGAGCGAUAUAUGA